GGCAGCACGAAGAGGGCGCAGACAGUGAGGGGUUAACCGUGUAAUAGGAUGAAUGGCUAUGCCGUGAGGAGCAUCUGAUUACAGACACGCCAGCAGGCAUCGCGGUGGGAGAGACUACAUUUGAUCCUCCUCAGGAGGAAACACACACUUUACCUUCUAUAUCCACGUCCCGCACCGGAAGUAUAACUUUAUUUUCACCAAGAAGAGCAGAAAGGAGUGAUUUUUUAUUGGUAACAUUUGGUGUUAAUGGCCGAAGGAGGGCAGCGACUCACCGCGGAGUGAGACGGGAGGAUGUCGCAGUUUUAAAACAGGAAGCUAAGUCGGUGUUUCAGGAGGAAUAUCGGUGUUUGCUUUGGACAGAAGUGGUUCAGACAGGAGGAGAGGCAGCUUGUAGGACGACUCUGCGUUUCAUUUAAACUGUUCCUGCAAAGAGGAUCCAAACAGGUGUCUUCCUCUCUCCGUCUGUCCCACGUUACCUCUCAGGCUGGAAGAGAGAAAGGCUGCCCUCUGACUGGACAUCUGUCCAUCUCUGUUUUCGUCUCUAUAAGUCUGUUGUGCAGCUGCCAUCAUUCCGUGCUGUAAGGCCGACCCAAAAAUGUCUUCUAAUGGAGACGUCAGCGAACUCGGCACGUCUGACAGCUUCUGGGAGCCAGGGAACUAUAAAAGGACGGUGAAGCGCAUUGAUGACGGCCACCAGCUGUGUAACGAACUCAUCAGCUGCUUCCAGGAAAGAGCCAAGAUCGAAAAGAGCUACGCCCUUCAGCUGAGCGACUGGGCCAAAAGGUGGAGGGGCAUCGUGGAAAAAGGUCCUCAGUAUGGGACUGUGGAGAAGGCGUGGCAUGCCUUUAUGCAGGCGGCCGAUCGCCUCAGCGAGCUGCACCUGGAGCUGCGAGAGCGUCUGGCUGGCGAGGACAGCGAGAAGGUUCGCAGCUGGCAGAAAGAAGCUUUCCACAAGCAGAUGAUGGGAGGCUUCAAAGAGACCAAGGAUGCAGACGAUGGCUUUAGGAAAGCCCAGAAACCCUGGGUCCGCAAGCUGAAAGAGGUGGAGUCCAGUAAGAAGAGCUACCACCAGGCCAAGAAGGAGGAGUGGACAGCUUUUACCAGGGAAACGCACGCCAAAGCAGACCCAUCCAAGUCGCAGGAGGAAGUUCGCAAAUACACAACCCGAGUGGAGCGCUGCAGCCAGGAGGCUGAUAAAAGCUCUGGAGGAGCUGAACCGCUGCAACCCUCGCUACAUGGAGGACAUGGAGCAGGUGUUCGACCUCACCCAGGAGGCCGAGCGCAAGAGGCUGUGCUUCUUUAAAGAUGUCCUGCUGGACAUCCACACACACUUGGACCUGUCUGCCAAAGAAAGCUUUAAGAACCUGCAUUGGGACCUGGGUCAGACCAUUCGUGUAGCCAACGAGGCUGAAGACCUCAGAUGGUGGAGGAACACCCACGGACCGGGCAUGAGCAUGAACUGGCCCCAGUUUGAGGAGUGGUCUCCAGAGGCGAGUCGCUCCAUCAGCAGGAAGGAGCGAGUAGGAGACUCUGAGGAGAACGUGGUCACGCUCACCAACAUUGUCUCAUCAGGAGAAGGGGGUGACGCCCCGCCCAGUCCCAUCACCGUGGAAACCAGAAGGGUGAAGGACUAUUCAUCAGAUUGGUCCGACGAGGAGAGUCCUAAGAAGGCGCUGGCGGUGAACGGCGUGUGGGAAGCAGACGACAAGGAGGAGCAGGUGGAGGCGGUGCCAGUGAGAGCGCUCUAUGAUUACACGGGCCAGGAGUCGGACGAGCUCAGCUUUAAAGCAGGUGAAGAGCUGCUGAAGCUAGGAGAGGAGGAUGAGCAGGGCUGGUGUAAAGGACGGCUGAAAAACGGUCAGAUCGGCCUUUAUCCAGCCAACUACGUCCAGGUCAUCACUUCCUGAUGCACCGCCCUCUGUUGAAAACAGCCGAUGAUGAGGCUAAACACAAUUAUCCUGGACCAAUCAAAAAUUGUCCUCGUUACCCUGAAGUUAUUCAGAAGAGUUCCGUCUACUGGCUGUAAACCUCCCCUUUACUGUGGAAGAGUCCGCUGUAAACACGGACAUUCGUCACAGGUCCUGGAGGAACAUUUCAUCGAACUCUGGAUUUGAGAAUUCCUAAAGCAGAUGAGCGUUGGAGGCAAACAGCACCACAUGGAAGACCACAGCUUAUUCUAAUCCAGAUCAUCCUAACACCUGCUCAUUUUCAGACAAGAGUUUAACACUUUUGGGGUGAAAACUCCAGACGUCUCAGUUUCACACAAAGCUGAGACUAGCAUGUGCUUAGCUUAGCAUUUCGCCCCAUUUCUUGUAUUUAUGCUAAGCUAGCCAGCUAACAGCAGAGGUUUGAAAGGGAAUAACUUUUAAAUGAAAUGUUCCGUAAGCUGGCACACACACCCGCUUUCGCUAGCCUUUAUGCAGUCUAGCUCUUGGAUGCAGCACCUAGUGGCCGUUAGUGGGGCUGCAGUUUGGCUGUUGGAUUAAAACCCCGAUGACAGAUCAACAGUGCCUUAAACGACGAUGCCAGAAACAUGCUGCAUGACAGAAUGUAGACAAAAGCAACUUUUUGUCUGACUGAACUAAAUGUAUAUAUAAGUACAACACAGCUAUGAAUUCUGGGUAAUGACCUGCUUUAGCCAUCGGUUUCUUGGACAUGAAAGUGAUUGUGCAAACAUCUCCUGAUAAAUUUAGCUUCCCUCCAGCUGUGAUGCUGGAUAAAAGUGUUUUAUUUUCUUUUUAGACGAGACUCUUCUUUUUACUGUGAUGGCUGUUAGAUCAUGUUUACUGAUUUGUGAAUAUGGAACAUUGAAACUGUUGCCACUUUCUUCUUACAGUUAGCAUUUUUAAGAGAUCAGCGGUUUCAUUUGUUUUCAAAUCUUCUAAUUUAAAAAUGUCAAUUGAGCGCGGCUGGCUUAAGCCACCAGAUGAUUUCUGACUGUUGGGUGUGAGUCGUAUAACCAGUGUGAGCCGAUCUUUCGCUCCGGUUUGUAUGUCGGCUGUGAACACAAAAGAUGCGACUUAGUCACCAAAAGCAAGUUUUGUUCUUAAAGAUGUUGGUUUGUGGGUUUUUCAUGUUUAAGUUGUGAUUUCCAUGUGAGGAAGCUCCUCUGUCCUGCUGAUCUGAUUAUCGCUACAGCUAAUUCAUUUAGAUGUUUAUUAAUAACAAUCUGAAACAUUGAAGAUACUGCACGCCUCUAGAUUCUUUCCUUUUUUCUUGUGCAUGUAACGUGUACAGUUCAUAAUGUGGGAAGCAAAAAUAAAGAGCUUGUUGCAGGUGGAA